AUGUUCAAGCCCACCCAAUCCCUAUUUGGAGGUCUUCUCUGGAAGACCCCAUGGCGUCUGUCCUCGCCGCAGAAGGCCCGUCAACGCAAGCGUCUCCGCGCUGUCGACCAAGUCGUUGACACUCUCAGCGCAGCCCUUCAACGAAACGGCCAGACUACCAAGGCCGUUGAGCGCUGGUACGCGGAGAUGCCGCGUGAGGAGGAGAUGCUGCCUAAGGACAAAUACACCCUUUUCGAUAAGAAGGAGAAGAGCUACCGCAAGAGCAUUCACAAGCUGCCCAAGUGGACUCGUGUCAGCCAGCGUGUGAACCCUCCUGGUUUCUAA